AUGGCAAAACGCAACUGGAGAGCGUACUUUAGACGCCAAGAGGAGACAGCAGCGCUUCUAGAGCAACCUUAUACAGAUGACGAGCAACUACCCAGAUACUCAGAAAUCCAGAAUCAAGAGAAUGCCUAUGGGACUAUGGACCAGUCUCCUAGUAACGUAGAGAAGUCGAAGGCCGAUCAAAGGACCGAGGCCGAGACGUGGGAGGUUGACGAAAGGACUGAGGCCGAAAAGUGGGAGGUUGACAUAAUUGAGAAGUGGAACUCCGAGACCGAAGCUGAGAAGAAAGAAAGCCGACGAUUGUACAGAGGUGCCAAAAAUCGACUUAGCUCCGCAUCAAACGAGUCUCUAGAGAAACUUAUGAAGUCAGACCUUAUAGAGCUUCUUGACAUAGUACGAGAAGAGGCUUUGGAGCCCCCGAGGCCAAGUCUCGCGGAGGAACUCGACAUAGUACGGGGUAAAUCCUUUACUACCCCGUCUGUUAAGGCACAGAAUAUGCCCUUUGAGAAACUUUCCAAACUGGGCCUUAUGGAGUUGCUUCGCGUAGCACGAGCCACUCCUUUCUAUAGGAUCCCUAAAUCAGUGUUUGUGAAGGUUCCCAACUCGGAUCUCGUGGACCUACUUCGCGAGGCACGAAAGGAGGACUUGAAGAAGUAUAAGGUAGCCGAUUCUAGGGAUCAAGUCUCACGUCAUGUGGAAAGAGAGAAGGCUAAUAACGUGCACGAGGCUAAACUACAAGAGGACGAUCAAGUUUGCAAGCCUGAAGAUACGUUUCAUAAGCUGCCUUCUCAGACUUCUAAGACAGAACUCGAGUUAAAGGGACUCAAGGAGAUGCCUGGCAAGAUAGAACUCGAGUCUGAUGAUUGGCUUGAUAAAGUUGAAGGGCAGGUGGAAACAACGACGACAAACUUCGUUGAGGGGGGAGCCAAAACUAAGAAGGGAACGAUGGACCAGCAUACUAAAACCGAGAAGUCUGGAAUAUACGAUACGAAGGAGAGCUUCCUUGAUACACGCGCCUUAAAGGACAAGGUACGUCUUAAUAUAAAUCUCGUGUACCAAGCGAGGUGCGAGACAGACGAGAACCUCGAGAAACUUAAAAAGUCGGACCUCGUAGAAAUUGUUGAUAUAGCACGAGACGAUGUUUUCAAGCCCUACGAGCCACCCAACCUUGAGAAGUUGCUCGAUAUAGCACGGAGAGAAUCUUUCAUGAGGCUUCCUGUACCACCCAUCGAACUUUCACAAUGCGUACCUCUUAGUAUGCCUAUUGAAGAGCUUUCCCAAUUAGACCAAACAGAGCUGCUUCGCAUAGCACGGAUCAUGCCUUAUCAAAAGAUCCCUAAGUCGGAGUUUAUGAGGCUUUCGAACAUAGAUCUUGUGUGCCUAUUUCGCGAGGCACAAAAAGAGCACGAUAAAAGGUAUAGCCAACCAGACGGAGAGCAACCAACCCGAUCUAAAGAACAAAAGAUGCCUCACGAGGAGCCUGAUGAAGCCAAAUUACAAAAGGAUGACCAGCUUUACAAGAUGGGAAAAUGCGUAGGCUGCGGGAAUAUCACCCCAGAAAGUGAUAGUGACACAUGCAGUUCUACAGACUCAGACUCAACUACGAAACGUAACACCCAAGUCGACAACAAAAAUGAGCCUCUCAGAAAGGCUAGGAUCAAUGCAAGACGAAAGACAGAAACUGCGAUUGAAAAAACCCGUGAGCUACACCAUUUGUUAGUCCGGUUGGAAACGGAAAUGGAGCAGCGGAAUAAGACUUUCGAGAUUAAGGACUUCGACGGUGUUAAGGUGAAGGCGGUAGAGGUAGGCCGAGAUCUUGACGAUUCAAUUUUGAGGAUGGAAGAGAUGCUCGCGUUAUUGUAGGGCCGAUUGUUACUUGCUUUGUGGUGGAGCGCAUGUUGUUAGUAUUGACUUUGCGAGACAAUGGGUAAGGGCAACAUCAGUGCAAUGCGGGCUCAGUCCUGUAUGUACCACGUUAGUUUAUUAUGGGUACUUUUAUUUUGUGAGAGGUUAUCGUUAGG